CAAAACCCUUCCAAAUCUCAUGAUCGUGUUAUCUUCUUCAUCCCCAAAAACCCUCGUUCCUCUUCCUCACCUUCACUCACACUCCGCUCCACCAAUGGCUCAAACCCUAGCUCGAGCCAUAGCCACAGCCACGGCGCGUAAGCCAAUGGCCUCAAUCUUUCUCUCCAAGCGUCUUUUCUCCUCCACCACCACCACCUCCAUUACCAAGCCUCCAUCUGUCCCAUCUCUUCUCUUCGGCCGUCGAUCUGUAGCUCCUCUAUACCACGCCGUCCAGUCACUUCCCAGUCCCACAACCCGGUUCACAACGAUCCGAUGCCGGGUCAACCGGUCCGGAAGCUACUCGCCGCUUAACUCCGACUCCAACUUCAGCGACAGGCCACCUACUGAGAUGGCCCCUUUGUUUCCCGGAUGCGAUUACCAGCACUGGCUCAUCGUCAUGGACAAGCCCGGUGGCGAAGGUGCUACCAAAGACCAGAUGAUUAAGUGCUACAUUGAAACCCUUGCUAAAGUUGUUGGGAGCGAGGAGGAAGCUAUUAAGAAGAUUUACAAUGUGUCAUGCGAAAGGUAUUUCGGUUUCGGUUGCGAGAUAGAUGAAGAGACUUCAAAUAAGCUCGAAAACAUCCCGGGUGUUUUGUUUGUGCUUCCUGAUUCCUACGUUGACCCUGAAUACAAAGACUAUGGUGCUGAGUUGUUUGUGAACGGACAAAUUGUUCAAAGGUCACCAGAAAGGCAGAGGAGGGUGGAACCGCAGCCGCAGAGAGCUCAGGACAGACCAAGAUACAAUGAUAGAACUAGAUAUGUGAGGAGGAGGGAAAAUGUGCAGUAAAUUGGCAAUUGGGAAAAGAUUAUCUAUGUAGAUAUUUUUUCGGAAGAACAUUUAUGGUUUUGUCCUAGAACUCAUAGUUGGACUUUGUAACCGUGAAAUAUAUGAACCUAGAAUUAUUAAAUUCCUAAGGUUUGUAUUAGUUUGGUUACCCAGAAGAAGACUGUGUAUUUGCUUAAUGACACAAAUUGAACGCUUCUUUAUAUUUA